AUGGCUGAGCCGGAACGGGUCCGCCUUCCCGCGCGGUCCACCCGCGGAAAACGAGUGUCGGAGCUGGUGGGGGAGGAUCUAGACGCGGAUGAGGAGUUUUGGAAUCAAAAGGCUUUCCAGGAGGAAGCAGAGGAUGUGGAGUAUGCAACGGAGGGCGAGGUGGAUGAGGACGUUUUCGACAGCGACUUUGAUGAUGACGAGCCAGAAAACGAGGAGGAGGAGCCUGGAGCAGAGGUGAAAGAAAGGCCUACCAAGCGCCGUCUCCUGCCUCCUGGCACCAAGAAAAUAUCCAAAAAGCCUAAGAAGCCUGCUAAGGCAGCAAAGAAGGGGGUUGGUGGAAGGAUGCUUGUUGCAGAGAAGGGGAAAGCGAGCGGAAGGGUUGACGGGGAGGCGAUGGUUGAUGGGGCGGAGGCGGAGAAAGGGAAGAGUAAAGCUGGGAAGAAGAGUGGCGUGGGAAAGAGUAGGCAGAGACGGGAGCUGGCUCUGCUGGGAGUGGGGCGAGUGAAACGGGAAGGGGCGGAGGGAGGUGGGGGAGAGAGGAGAGAGGAGCGAGAGGAAGGAGAGGAGGGAGAGGAGGGAGAGGAGCUUAUUGGUGAUGCGACAGUAGAUCUGACAGACGAAAAUUGGGGGGGAGGGGGAGGAGGGAGAGAGGGAGGCGGGAGGGAGGGAGGAGGGGUGGAGAGGAGGAAGUCAAGGAGGACAGCGGUGGUGGUGAAGGACAUGGAGAGGCAGAUGCUGAGGGCUGCGAGGGAGGGGGUGCCCAAGGCGGUGAGGAAGAGGAAGGAGGGCGAGAGGCGGUGGACACAAGAGGAGAUGCUUCUGGAGGCUGCGCAGACAGAGAUUCUGAACCGGGAGGCCCUGGCAGUGAUGCUGGCGAGGGAGGAGGAGGUGAAGCGGAAGGCCGUUGUGGAAAAAGCAAUCUUUGGUGGGCCGCAGAUCCGAUUCCACUCCAAGGACGGGAAGAACACCCUUGAGUUUACCAAAGUGGCGGCUGUUCCUCCGGAGAUCAACGCAAAGGCGCCUUCCUACCCUGCCAAGGCCACUUUGGCAGGCAGUACAAGCGGUAGAGAAGAACACUUUGCUGGUGCCUUGUCACUGGCUGGCAGCAGUGCCCAUGUUGCUGCCAUGCCAUCCCCAACGCUCAUCCCUCCCUUUCUCCUCCGUUCCCACUUUCCUCCCGCCCUCCGUUCAUCCCUCCCUUGCUCUGUUGGCCCUCAGAUGGCAGGAGGAGCAAGCAGCAAAGAAGAUACUUCCAGCCAGGAGCCACCGGCCGCUGCUGCUGCCAUUUCUAACGCUCAAAAUUUCUCCAUUCCUCUGUUCCUCCUUUCCACACUUCCUGGCUCUGUUGGCCCUCAGAUGGCAGGAGGAGCAGGCCGCAAAGAAGAGGCUGAGGAAAGCGGCAAAGGCGGAGGCGAGAAAGAGGGCAGAGGCAGGCAUGGGAGGGAAGGCAAUAUCCCAGGAGGGACAUGGGUCACAACAGGCUAA